AUGGAUUGCUACCUGCGAUCUCAGGGCUUGUACAGAAAGAGAGUGGCCAAGGAUGGAUCUUGUCUUUUCAGGGCUGUGGCCGAGCAGGUGUUGCACUCUCAGUCUCGGCAUAUUGAUGUUAGGAUGGCUUGUGUAGACUAUCUUCGGAAAAACAGGGACAAAUUUGAAGCAUUCAUAGAGGGGCCAUUUGAAGAGUAUUUAAAAUGUUUGGAAAAUCCACAGGAGUGGGUUGGACAAGUAGAAAUAAGUGCCCUUUCUCUUAUGUACAAGAAAGAUUUCAUAAUAUACCGGGAACCAAAUGCUUCUCCUUCACAUGUAACUGAAAAUGGCUUUUCUGAUAAGGUUUUGCUGUGCUUUUCAAAUGGAAACCACUAUGAUAUUGUUUAUCCCAUAGAGUAUUCAGAAAAGGCUGCUCUGUGCCAGUCUCUGCUGUAUGAGCUGCUUUAUGAGAAAGUAUUUGAUACAGACGUAAAGAAAAUUAUAGCGGAACUUAGUGCUGUUGGUGCAACAGAGGAAAGCAAUGGUAGCAGUGAAGUAUCUGCUUCAGAUUCAGAAGAUGACAACUACAGGUAA